CAGUCACACACUAGGUAAUCGGACUCAAAGCGCCGCAUCUUGGCAAGUUAAACGGGCAGAAAAGCCAAAAACACCCCUUCGUCUUUGUUUUAGGAGCAGAAUUUGCCAUUUUCAACCAAGCAGAGGAUUAUGGAAUACAAGGAUAUAACCUCCACAGCAGGUCAUGGAAAGUUCAACCAGCUCGGUGGAGUUUUUGUAAAUGGAAAACCACUUCCAAACUCUGUUCGUCAAAGAAUUAUCGAGAUGGCUGAGCUCGGCAUCCGCCCAUGCGAUAUCAGUCGCCAACUGAAAGUUUCUCAUGGCUGCAUCAGCAAGCUACUUUCUAAAUACAACGAUACUGGGUCUUUUGAGCCCGGGCGCGCACAGAGAAAGACAUCGAGAGAUGUGAGCACCGAAGUAAAGAACAAAAUUGAGGAAUAUCGCCGUGCAGCACCAGGAAUCUUCUCUUGGGAAGUUAAAGAAAAGCUGGUUGCCGACGGUUUGUGUACAAAAGAAACUCUACCACCACUGACAGUUAUUAGCAGAAUGUUGAGAAGGGUAAAGUCAACUGGAAGCGACUAUAUGGACAAGUCUGAAGCAGAAAACAGUGAUGUAGAAAGUGAGGGCGACACUUCAAGCAACGACAAUGGUAGUUCAGGAGAAGCUAAACCUAGGCCGAAGAGAAGAUCUUUCUCUAUUGCCAACAUUUUGAGUAUCAACGAGGAGACAAGAACUGUCAGCUUGCCCAGCUCUUCAUCGCCAUCUCCUUCGCAAGAAAAGCCUGAACCAACUUCCUCGUCACCUACAACAGUAAGUGCCGUUGACAUUGCUUCCAUCACAAGUGGAAUGCAAAAGCUAAGGCACUACAGGCGACGUAAUCGUACCAAAUUUACUCCUCAUCAAAUAAGAGAAUUGGAGAAAGCCUUUGAGAAAACGCAGUACCCGGAUGUCCUUACUCGUGAAGAACUUGGGGAAAGAUUGGACAUUAGUGAAUCACGGAUUCAGGUUUGGUUUUCCAACCGCAGAUCCAAAGGAAAAAGGACAAACCCUAAGACGGACGACACGAACAGUGACCAAGACAAAGCAGAAUCCGAUGACUCCAGUAAUAGAAGUCGAAUAUUUUACCCUUCGUAUACGCCUGUCCCCGUCAUCCGCUACGCUCCUUACCAUCCAGCUUAUGCGUAUCUAUGCUUUCGACCAGGCUACGAGAGUAGCUAACCGAACUCGAAAGAUGUCAGUUUGCGCAUCUCUUUCAUGUAAAUAAGUCGCAAAUAAGCACAAGUGGUGCAACUGUGCAAUUGUAAUAGAUAAAAACUGAACGAAUUUUCGUCAUCAUCCAUGAAUUUACUGAAUUAUUUUUCUUUUUGUUGUUCUUUAUCACUCUUAAUCCAGCGAGUGUAUUUCUUCGCAUUCCCUUACACUUCAAGGUUCGGUUCGAUUAACUUGUGAAUUAAUUGAAUGAUUAAUUAAUAAGUUCUGCUGAAGAGAAGAAAAUCUAUCUGGUAGGGAUAACCGCAUAAAUGACUUGCAACUAAAGAAGUAUCUCAUUGAUGUGUCAAAUUUUGAGAUUUGGUAGAAUGUAGCUGAAAGCAAUAAAUAAAGUCGAAGCAACUAACUA